AUGGCUUUCAAGAACUUCUCGUCCAGUGCUGACUCUGGUCCACUCCCCUUCAAAUAUGUACCGAUAGAAGAAGUCGAGAGACUUGAAAAGUACCAGCCUGGUGGAUAUCACCCUAUUCUGAUAGGAGAUAUUCUUCAAUCCCGAUACCGAGUCGCCCACAAGCUAGGCUACGGAGCCUAUUCAACCACUUGGCUCUGCCGGGACUACCAGUCUAAUACAUACGUGGCAGUCAAAGUUGGAACGGCGGAUUCAAAUGAUCGUGAGGUUGAUGUCCUCAAUUAUCUCAACCACUGUUCCCCACUUGAUCACCCGGGGAGGACAAUGAUACCCACUAUCAAAGAUAGAUUCGUCCUCCAUGGCCCUAACGGCACCCACCCUUGCUAUGUGACAACUUUAGCAAUGUGUAGUGUCUCUAGUGCGAAGGAAGGGUCAUACAAACGCAUCUUUCAGGCCAUGACCGCUCGCUCGCUGAUUGUGCAACUUUUGCUAGCCGUUGAGUACAUCCACAGGAAAGGAGUUGUUCAUGGAGCUACAUCAGACCUUCACAUCGGCAAUAUUCUUUUAUGUCUCCCAGCCGAUUUUGAUCAGCUCUCAAUCGAAGAGUUAUACGAAAAAUACGGUUCGCCCGUGUCAGAACCAGUUAUUCGUUUUGAUGGUCAGCCCCUUGAGUCUAGUGUUCCGUCUAGCGUCGUCCCUCCUAUCUGGCUUGGGAAAGCUUCAGAGGAAUUCUCCCUUCCAGAAUCUAGAGUCCUGCUCAGUGAUUUUGGAGAGGCAUACAGACCCUCUACAGAGUACCGAUAUAACUCGCACGCCCCUAUGUCCUUUGUGCCUCCUGAAGCCCGAUUUGAGUCAGAAUGUGGUCUUUCUUUUUCAGCUGAUAUUUGGACACUCGCAUGUUCCAUCUGGAUAAUACUCGGCCAGCGCCCCUUAUUUGAGGACAUACUUGCCACGCCGGACGAUAUCACAGCCGAGCAGAUUGAUACUCGGGGGAACUUACCUUUACGGUGGUGGGAGAAAUGGGCGGCGCGCCACAAAUAUUUCGAUGAAAGUGGAAAACCAAAUCAAGGUCGACAUGUGAGGUCUUGGGAAGACCGCUUUGAAAAGCACAUUCAACUCCCGCGACAACAGGCUGGAAUCCAAGGUUUUGACUUAGAAGAGAAAGCUGCUGUUAUGAAUAUGUUGCGGUCGAUGCUGUCUUUUGAGCCGGAAAAGCGGCCAACUGCGCAGGAUAUUGUAAAAUGCGAGUGGAUGGAGAGAUGGGCAAUACCGGACUUUAACAAGUCUCACUUUAGGGAGUGCCGGGGCCGCGGACAAUUCUCAUGA